AUGCAAGUCCUCCUCCUGCUUGCAGCUGUUGGGUUUUGUGGGGCCCAGUACAACCCCAACACUCAGCCUGGGAGGACCUCUAUUGUGCAUCUCUUUGAAUGGCGCUGGGCCGAUAUUGCUCUUGAGUGCGAACGCUAUUUGGCUCCUUAUGGAUUUGGAGGAGUUCAGGUUUCACCUCCAAGUGAAAAUGUGGUUAUAACUAACCCCAAUAGACCCUGGUGGGAAAGAUACCAGCCUGUCAGCUACAAGCUCUGCAGUCGCUCAGGAAAUGAAGAUGAAUUUAGGAACAUGGUGACCAGAUGCAACAAUGUUGGAGUUCGUAUCUAUGUGGAUGCAGUUGUCAAUCACAUGUGUGGAGCUGGGGCUGGCUCUGGCACCCAUUCUACCUGUGGAAGCUAUUUUAACGCUGGGAACAGAGAUUUUCCAGCUGUGCCAUACUCUGGCUGGGAUUUCAAUGACGGUAAAUGUAAAACUGGAAGUGGAGAAAUCGAAAAUUACGGUGAUGCUUAUCAGGUCCGAGACUGCCGCUUGGUUGGCCUUCUUGAUCUGGCUCUGGAGAAGGACUAUGUGCGCUCCAAAGUUGCUGAAUACAUGAAUCACCUCAUAGAUAUUGGUGUAGCAGGCUUCCGGCUUGAUGCUGCCAAACAUAUGUGGCCUGGGGACAUAAAGGCAUUUCUAGACAAACUGCACAACCUAAAUACUAAUUGGUUUUCCUCAGGAUCUAGACCUUUCAUUUACCAGGAGGUAAUUGACUUGGGUGGAGAGCCGAUCACAGGCAGUCAGUACUUUGGGAAUGGCCGAGUGACGGAAUUCAAAUAUGGUGCAAAACUGGGGACCGUGAUCCGCAAGUGGAAUGGCGAGAAGAUGGCGUACUUAAAGAACUGGGGAGAAGGCUGGGGCUUUGUGCCUUCCGACAGAGCCCUGGUCUUUGUGGAUAAUCACGAUAACCAGCGUGGGCAUGGGGCUGGUGGAGCUUCAAUCCUAACCUUCUGGGAUGCCAGGCUUUACAAAAUGGCAGUUGGUUUCAUGCUGGCUCAUCCAUAUGGAUUCACGCGGGUGAUGUCAAGCUUUCGUUGGCCAAGAUAUUUUGAAAAUGGGAAGGAUGUUAAUGACUGGUACGGACCACCAAGCAACUCGGAUGGAUCAAUAAAAUCCGUUACAAUUAAUGCAGAUUCCACCUGUGGCAACGACUGGGUUUGUGAGCAUCGCUGGCGUCAAAUAAGGAACAUGGUUAUCUUCCGUAACGUGGUGGAUGGUGAGCCUUUCUCAAACUGGUGGGACAACAACAGCAAUCAAGUGGCUUUUGGACGUGGUAAUAAAGGAUUCAUCGUCUUUAAUAACGAUGACUGGCAAAUGAAUAUGAAUUUGCAAACUGGACUGCCUGCUGGUACCUACUGCGAUGUUAUUUCUGGACAGAAGGAGGACAACAGGUGUACCGGAAUACAGGUGUACGUUUCCGGUGAUGGCAUGGCCAAUUUCCAGAUUAGUAACAAUGCUGAAGACCCAUUUGUUGCAAUUCACGUUGAUGCUAAAUUGUAGCUCGAGCAAAAUGUGUUUCUUCUCUUGGUCUGUACGUAUACGAUCGCCUCGUAUUGAAGGAUGAGUAACUCUCUGGAUCUAGUGAAUAAAAUACAGGCUUUAAAUCAAA